GAGAAGCAGUGUCGUCAUCGGACGCAGCGCUCCGGCCCCGUCGCGCUGCGGAGUGGAGCGCGGGGGGGAUGGCGCGGCCAAUGCGGAGGAACAAGAAAACUGUUGACUAUUCACAGUUUGGAGAUCUGGAUAGUGAUGAUGAAGAUUUUGCCUGUGUAGCUGCACCGCUAAGCAAAAAAUCCAGAACACACCUCAAGGAACUGAAGAACGAGAAAAAAGAAAAGCAGAAAAAGCCACAGAAAGAAUCGACUCCAUCACAAAAGGAGAUGCCCAGUAAAAGGAUAUCUUUGGAUGACAAACUUUACCAAAGAGAUUUGGAAGUUGCUUUAGCCUUGUCUGUCAAAGAAACAUCUGCAAAUGUCCUUGAGGUGAAAAAUUCAGGAGCACAAGGUGAGACUAUAAAAUCAGAAAAUGUAUGUGGGAGACCAUUUUUUUCCAACUGCAGUGUAGACAGUGAACUUUUAUGUCUUAAUCAGGUUGUAGAUGACAACAUACCUAAAAGUCGUCAUGGGCAAAGGACAGCGGCAGCUAAAGCUCUGUCACAACAGAAGAAGUUACUGACCGUGGAAAGUGAUGACAGAGAGCAUGUUAUUGAGUCUGAACCAGAGUCUCUACCUUGUGAGGAAUCAGAAGAAGAUUCAAUUUAUAGUGAAGAUGAUGAUGAAGAUUUUGCGAUCAAAAAGAAGAAAGCCAACGGAAAUAAAAAGGAAACUAAGCAAAAGAUGCAAGCUGAAAGAGAAAAGAGAAGCCCCAAAUCCAAGGUUAAAACUACAGUUUCUGCUUCACGGGUAACAGAACAAAAAUCUGAGCCAACACAAAAGAAGAUGUCUAGUUCCUCAGAACCAGUUGGAAGACCUUUGUGCACAUCCAGUCCUGUAACAGACAAGAAACCUAAAUGGAUACCACCAGCUGCAUCAGGAAGCAGUAAUAACUCAGUGAAACGUGUUUCGGUUAAGUCACCUAUUCAGUGUCUUAGACUUGGCCUCUCUAGACUAGCAAGAGUCAAACCACUGCAUCCAAGUGCUGCCAGCAGUUGAAUGGUCGGUGACAAGAUGCUACUUGAAGGACUGUAUUUGGAAAGGACUUUGGAAGAUGUUUUGCUUAUAAAUGGCAGAAAACCAGUGGGCAGUAAAAGUUUCAUGGUAUUAUCUGUUUGUGGGACAGUCAUUUUUGUACAUGUCUGAAACUAUAGAGAAUUUUUGUUCUGAAAAAUGCUAGGCAUCCUUAAGUGCUCCUGGAUAAUUAGUUAAUCCCAGUGGCCUCUGGGUCACUAGCUUCUUUAUGGAUUAUACUCAGAUAUGUGUUUGUGGUAAUUUUAACUCUUGAUACCUUGACUCUUAGCUUUAAUAUAGUCUAGACAACACUGCGUCAGUUACAGAAUUCAGUAUCUCAAAUGGGUUCUUAACACAAGUCAAAGUCAUAGAUUUAAAAAUAUUUCUUGAAAAAGUUAAGUCAUCACUUUCCGCCCUCCUGGAAAUGUUCUCUCCACUUUUUCUCAAAAUUAGUUGAUGUUUGCAUAUCUUAUACUUGGAUUUUAUUGAUUUUUAUGUAUUAUAAAUAUGAAUGCUAUUUAGAACAUAUUUUUGAAAAUAAAAAAUAAAAUAAAUGUGUGAGUAAU